CCCAUUUUUAAAAUAUAUAAUUGACAAUCUCUUCUUACUACUGUGACUAAUCUAAUGUCGAUAAUGGGGAUCUUCUUCUCGGCUCUCCUGUGCUUCACCAUCAUUACAAGCUUCUCCGUGAUUCAGAUUCAGACAACCUCCACUUCACCGGCUCUCUAUUCAGAUGAAUUGAACGCGCUUGAGAAGAUAGCUACUACACUUGGUAUAAAGAGAGUGAAUCUAAGUCAUGAAGACCCAUGUAGUUCCGGAACUCUAAUGAUAACACAACAAGUUGAUUUUGUUUGGAAUCCGGAGGUGAACAACACCAUUGCUUGUGAUUGUAGCUUUAACAACAACACGACAUGUCAUAUUACAGAAUUAGUUCUCAGGAAUUUUACUCUCGAGGGGAAACUUCCACCUGACUUGGCCAAGCUUCGAUAUCUCCAGUCAAUCGACUUAUCCGCAAACUACCUUACUGGCACGAUUCCAGUGGAGUGGGCUUCAAUGUCACACCUCAUUCUCAUCUCGCUCUCCGGGAAUAGUUUGUCUGGGAGUUUACCAACUUGGUUGCAAAACUUGAAGAAUCUGAAGUUCCUAGGGCUUGAAGGAAACCAGUUCUCUGGUCCCAUUCCUGAUGAGCUUGGUAACUUGACCAACCUUGAACGAUUGUAUCUUUCAUCCAAUCAAUUUACAGGAAGCUUACCUAUCACUCUCGCUAAACUAGUAAACCUGGAGCGGUUUUGGAUAUGUGACAAUAACUUUAGUGGAACUUUCCCAGCAUAUAUGGGCAACUGGUCUCAGCUUAAAAGGCUAUAUCUAUACGCGAGUGGACUAAAAGGACCUAUUCCUGAUGCAGUGGCCAGCCUAGAAAAUCUUACUGAUCUGAGAAUUAGUGACACGACAGGAAUAGACUCAUUUCCAAUCCUAUCCAGCAAAGUCAUCGACACCCUGAUUUUGAGGAAUUUGAAUUUGUCUGGUCCAAUUCCUUCUUACAUCUGGAACUUGCCAAACCUAAAGAGACUAGAUUUAUCGUUUAACAAGCUGACUGGUGAAGUGCAAGAUAUACAUAAAGCACCAAAAUUUACCUACCUGGCUGGCAACAUGCUUACCGGAAACUUUGAAUCUGCCUUCUUCUUCAACAACAAACCUAAUAUCGAUCUUUCUUACAACAAUUUAACGUGGUCGUCGAGCUGUCAUAAUAAAAGUAACAUUAACACAUACCGGAGCUCAAACUGGAAGAACAAUUUAACUGGUCUUCUUCCAUGCGCUGGUCCAAUCACCUGCAAGAGCUAUCAGAGAUCACUACAUAUAAAUUGCGGUGGAGGAACUGUACAGAUUACAAACUCCUCUCGUAGAAUCACCUAUCAAGCUGAUAACAAUAAGGUCUUGGCGGCAACAAAUCUUCACAUGGAAGGAUGGGGAAUCAGCAACACAGGUGACUUUACCGAUGAUACAAGUGAUGAUGACACGUUUAUCAUUUCAACUAGUUUAAGAAUAUCUGGAGGUUCUCCUGAUAUAUAUAAGACCGCACGUCGAUCUGCACUCUCUCUAGUUUAUUAUGCGUUUUGUUUGGAAAAUGGAGCAUACAAUGUGAAACUCCAUUUUAUGGAAAUCCAGUUUUCAGACAAAGAAGUAUACAGUCGUAUAGGCAGACGCAUAUUUGAUGUUUAUGUUCAGGGAGAACUGUUCUUGAAGGAUUUUAACAUUAAAGAUGACGCUAACGGGACUCUGAAUCCUGUUGUAAAAGAAUUGAAGGCUGUUAAUGUGACUGAUCAUAUGUUAGAGAUUCGGUUGUAUUGGGCGGGUAAAGGGACAACUUUCAUCCCCAACAGAGGAUACUAUGGUCCUCUUAUCUCUGCUAUCUCCUUGUGUCACAGUCAUGAUCCACUAUGCGGAGCGGAGAAAAUAAAACAUCACAUUAAUUAUCCCCUAGUUCUGGGGGCAACGGGGGCGUUUGUAACAACCACACUUUUGGCAUUGGGAAUAUAUGCUUGGAGAAGACGCAGAGGAGACAAUAUUAGAAGAGAAAGAGAUCUGAGAUCCCAGAGUCUGCAAACGGUUUGCUAUACUUGGAGGCAACUGAAAGCUGCAACAAACAAUUUUAAUCAAGCCAACAAACUUGGAGAAGGAGGGUUCGGAGCUGUAUUCAAAGGAGAGCUGCCAGAUGGAACUAUCAUAGCAGUCAAACAACUUUCUUCCAAGUCACACCAAGGAAACCGUGAGUUUGUGAAUGAGAUAGGAAUGAUCUCAGGCCUGAAUCAUCCAAACCUUGUCAAGCUUUAUGGAUGUUGUGUUGAGAAGAAUCAGUUGUUGCUGGUCUAUGAGUACAUGGAAAAUAACUCACUUGCUCUUGUGCUGCAUGCAAAGAGCUCCCUGAAACUGGAUUGGGUAGCUAGGAAAAAAAUAUGUGUUGGAAUUGCAAAAGGCCUUGAGUUCCUCCAUGAAGGAUCGAUGAUCCGGAUGGUUCACCGUGACAUAAAAACCAGCAACGUGCUUCUAGAUGCCGACCUUAAUGCAAAGAUAUCGGACUUUGGAUUGGCUAGGCUCCAUGAAGAAGAAAACACUCACAUUAGUACCAAAGUCGCCGGAACCAUGGGAUAUAUGGCUCCAGAAUAUGUACUAUGGGGUCAGUUAACAGAGAAAGUAGACGUGUAUAGCUUUGGGGUUGUGGUAAUGGAGAUUGUCAGUGGACAGAGUAAUACUAAACACAAGGGAAGUGAUGAUGAUCAAGUCUCCCUUAUCAAUUGGGCACUGACGCUGCAACAGAAAGGGGACAUACUGGAGAUUGUAGAUCCAAUGCUGGAAGGUGAAUUUAACAGUAAAGAAGCUGUGAGGAUGAUAAAUGUUGCUCUUGUUUGCACAAACUCAUCUCCUUCGAUGAGGCCAACAAUGUCAGAAACCGUGCAAAUGCUGGAGGGAGUGAUUGAAAUAAAAGAGGUUAUGCCAGAUUCUGGUUUAUAUGGACACGACUGGAGCAUGUCAAAGCUCAUGCACAUUGAUACACGUGGGCGCUCGAGCACCUCUGGUGUGACAGAUCAAACAGAAACAUCAAUGAAAUCCUCUGUUUCUGGUUUUGAUCUCUACCAGUAUCCUUCCUCAUCACUGGAAUGUCCCUAGUGCUCGCCUGAAGCAAAUAACAAUGAAAUCAGAAUACACCAAGUCUCUGUGUCUGCUUAUGAUCUGUACAUACUAAGUAACGAGUCCAUUAUACUUGACCAUUCCAUUAUGUCUCUCUCUUUAAACAAGUGCUCUCUCCGUGCGCUAGGAUUUGUUCUUGUUAACUCACUCACUAUCUGUUUCGUACUUGUGUAACAAUGCACAAGCACACACUCAUACUCUCUUGACUCUCUCACGUUUUUUUCUUCUUGUAGAGGGAAGAGAGAACACUUUGUAUGUCUACAUUGUUAACCCUUUUUCUUCAUUACAUACAAACUUACACAUACAUAUAGUUGUUUUCUCACUAACAACUCCACACUCGCCUACUUAGACUUGUACACUUUAACUAGUACAACUCUAGGCUUUACUUCUACUAACCACUCUUAACAACUCUAACAACUAUAUCUUAGGUCGACUUUAACCAACACCAACACUCCUUAUUGUAGACUUGAAGGCUUUGUCUAAACAAAUGGUUAGUUGCAUCUUGACUUUGUUUGUUGUGACCAAAUCACAGCUCAACUCCUCUUUGGUUUGUAACCAGUAUCAAGUGGCAUCUUCUCCCACUUUGACUUUCUUCUUCUACGUGACUCCUUGGUCACUUCUUCUUGUUCUUUUUCUUGUCUGGCAAGGGCCACUUCUUCUCGCUUGAUUCUUCUACUCUUUAUAUGUUUAAUCAAAGGUUAAAUUCCAACACUUGCACCAUUUCAAUUUUUUUUUUUUUUUGAUAACCGAGUGUCCUGGCUCCACCGUGGUGGUCCAGACUAGAGACCGAACCCUUUAGCGGCGCGGACGCACACCCGUGGAUGGGUCAUGGCCAGGCAAUGGUCUUCGGUCUCGGGCGCCAGAGCAAGUCCGCAUGUAAAUUCCCUGGUGGCCAGUGCGAGUACCAUUUCAAUUUUAGUUAAAAAGAAAAAGAAAUCUAGAAGCUCCUUCUAACAGUUUCACUUGUUUUCUUAAUCCUUAAUUGUCUUGCGUUUACAUAGAUACCUAAAGUCCUUGCGUUCACAAGAGAGUCAAGCCUAAUUACAAAUAUUAGUCUGUUUAGUUAUUUGCUUUAACUUAUACUCUUUCAUUUUUGCAUUCCUCGUUAAUUAAUUAUUACUAGGUGAUGACCCGCGCAAAAACGUACAUAUCUUUAUAUAUAAAGAAUGGUUUACUCCCUCCUGGUUGCGCCACGUCAGCUGCCACCUAGAUAAUUCGCUUCCUCUCGCGGUGACACGCGGCCUUUUUACUAAACGCACAGUUUCAUUUAACUUUGAAUCUAAUUGUUACGGGCUUUUGCUACGUGUUUUGGGCUUCUUACAUACAUGUCUACUAAUUUUAUUACAGCCUCUCAUAUAUUUCCGGCUCCGUAUACUUUUAAUCUAAACCCUAAUGUAUAAUCUCCAUCUACGACAAUCAAUCCAAAGACCAAGUCGCCGCCGAAGUGCAUAGCAAUAUAGCAUGUUCAUCAAACCACCGAUGAAGAUCAUUCUGUUGUACAGCCAGCUAUUUUUUUCCCAGCUUCCAUGUGUAACGCCUUCUCGCGACUCAUAUUCUUAUUUCUAUGACGCUGCGUAACCGUCGUCGACACGUCUCUCCCAGCUUCCAAGGGACUAAGUUACUAAUCGAUUCAGUUACGCUCAGUAAUACUUUCUGUGACCAAGAAGCCGAAGAAGGAGCAUGCCGUAGCAAAGCGUCUACAAAGAAUCCAAACAAACCAAAAAGCCCAGCCAGCCAGUGCCUUCUUCAUUUUCAUUGAAAAUUUCCGUGAGACUUUCAAGAAGGAGCUUCCCAAAAACAAAUCUGUUGCUGCUGUGAGUUACUCCUUCUCACCUUAAAAGUUAUUAUGUACCUCAGGUUCUUCAUCUUCAAAGGUAUACUAACGUUAAACUAACUUUUAAUGAAUAAACAAGUUGGAAAAGCUGUUGCAGACAAGAAAAUUCUUGACAUAUGGUGUACAUACUUACUCAGAAUUGUGUUAUUAAGUGAUAAACCAAUUGUCAAUCAAGUGUUUGUUUAUAGAUUGAUUGUUAUGUUGGUUGUUGACCAAGAUGAAGGUCCAAGAGAAGAUGAGGAAUCUGACACCCACAAUGUAUCUGCAGUAUGUUUCCAGCCGGAACUUCCAAUAAUACUCACAGGUUUUGAGGAUGGCACUGUUGGCAUUUGGCACGCUACGACAUACGAGAGUUUUAUCUAAAACCUUUCUUCUAUCAAUAAACAUAGCAAUGAUGUUUUUUUGGUAUUUAACUUAACUGCGCCUUGGAUACAUGAGAUCCUUUCUUAUAUUCAUUUUCACAGUUGGUUUGUUUUUUCUAUUUUUUCUUUUGAUUUGUUAUUUCUACUUUCAUAUUUUUCAGGCUAGAGAACACACUGAAUUAUGCUCAUGAGAGACUUCGGGCCAUUGGUUACAUAAAAAGUUAACGCCAGUGAGUUUAUGAAUUUCUGCUGCCUCAUUUUACGUUUCUGAUUUCUGUAAGUCAAUGUUUGUUAGAUUUGUUUUCCAUGAGUAGAUGUUCUAUCUUGGUAGAAUCUUUAUUUCCGAUUUGUUCUUUGGUUUUCUUCUUAAAUUGACGAUUUGGAGAGCUAAUGGUGCUUGGAAUUGCUAAGAGCUGUUGAGGGAUCAGUGUUAUACAAGACCAUCAAAAACAAAUGUGUUUUCAUUUUAUAGGGUUGACGUCGUGAUGCAUGAUAUUUUCUGUGUUUAUUAAUUCUGAUAAUAAUUGUAAUUAGACCCUUAACCCUGAUAUAAUAGCUGCGUCUAAUGAUAUAUUAUUUACGAGACAGAGUUUAACCA